ACUACAUUUAACAAAACUGGCAAAGUCACGUUUUUUUCCUGCUAGUAAGCACCAGAUUUCUAAAACGUGUACAAAGUAAUGUGAAAACUUAGUAGUGAGAAAAAGCUCCAUGGAGCUACUAGUACAACCGGCUCCUAAGCUAAUUAAAGGGGAGGGGAGUGGGGGACGGACCCCCUUUUGAAGGCAAGAUCGCGCUGUGGAUUUCCUAAUGGGGAUGUGAUGUAAUACUGGAGAGCCGCGCACGGAGGGAAAGCGAUAGGCUGACAAAGGGAUGCAGAUGCCCGAGUGCGGGAUCAGCCUGCGACGGCAGGGAAGGAUGCUUUAUUGGAGGAAUUGGAACGCUCUACCCUCCAGGACAGUGGUGAAUACUCCAACCCUGCUCCUCUUCCCAAGGAUCAGUAUUCCGGAAAAGAGAGUGCUGAGACUUCAGACAUCCCUUCUGUUCAGGAUGACACAAGCCCCUUGCAGUGACAUCCAAGAGCCAAAUGAAUCACUGCCACAUUCCAAAACCUCAGCAGCUGCUCAGUUGGAUGAGCUCAUGGCCCACCUGUGUGAAAUGCAGGCCAAGGUGGCAGUGAAAGCAGAUGCCAGCAAGAAGUACUUGCCAGACAAGCAGGAUCACAAGGUCUCCCUGGACUCAAUGCUGGGGGGAUUGGAGCAGGAAUUGCAGGACCUUGGGAUUGCCACAGUGCCCAAGGGCCAUUGUGCUUCCUGCCAGAAAUCGAUUGCUGGAAAGGUGAUCCAUGCUCUAGGGCAAGCCUGGCAUCCAGAGCACUUCAUCUGUAGUCACUGCAAACAAGAGAUUGGCUCCAGUCCCUUCUUUGAGCGCAGUGGUUUGGCCUACUGCCCCAAGGACUACCACCAUCUGUUUUCGCCACGCUGUGCUUACUGUGCUGCUCCCAUCCUGGAUAGAGUGCUGACAGCAAUGAACCAAACCUGGCACCCAGAGCACUUCUUCUGCUCUCACUGUGGAGAGGUGUUUGGUGCAGAAGGUUUUCACGAGAAGGACAAGAAACCAUAUUGCCGAAAGGAUUUCUUAGCCAUGUUCUCACCCAAGUGUGGGGGCUGCAACCGCCCGGUGUUGGAAAACUACCUUUCAGCCAUGGACACAGUCUGGCACCCAGAGUGCUUUGUUUGUGGGGACUGCUUCAGCAGUUUCUCCACUGGCUCCUUCUUUGAACUAGAUGGACGUCCAUUCUGCGAGCUCCAUUACCAUCAUCGCCGAGGAACACUCUGCUAUGGGUGUGAGCAGCCCAUCACCGGCCGCUGCAUCAGUGCCAUGGGCCACAAGUUCCAUCCUGAGCACUUCGUCUGUGCUUUCUGCCUGACGCAGUUGUCGAAAGGAAUCUUUAGGGAACAGAAUGGCAAGACCUAUUGUCCACCCUGCUUCAAUAAGCUCUUCCAAAUAUAAUCUCAGCUGAACCCACAGCCCCUCCACAUCCCCUUUAACAUUUAAACCAAGAGAGGAAAGAGUACAUUUGCUGUUACUGACCUUCUGCUCAAUAGGCUUAAGAGAAAGUGAAGGUGAUGAACAAAGAAGGGAAUGUCUAGAUGUUAGGCUUGUAGCCUUAAGUUUCAGAUUUCUAGUCUUAUUUUUUUAAUUGGGUACUUGGAUUUAGAUCUGGAGCCUGCUAGCUAGUGCCUCUGCAAAUAUAUUUUCUACAUGCACACAUUCAUUUCAUAAUUGUUUUUCUCAGAUUUCUUCAUUUUCACCCCUGUGAUGGCCCUGCUCACAUCUAAUCUCCUUUUCAAGUUUCCAUAUUUCCAUGUGACUCAGUUCCCCACAAUCAUGGCUGUGGACUUUAUCCUUGCUGUCAGGAAUCAUGAUAGCACUCUUAAGCUCCUUGCAUCUCCUUUCAGUGUAUUUCUCUUUUUCAAGAGGUAUUAGAUUUUAACUGGACAAAUUUGAGUGCUGACAUAAUUGACAAAGUGGCUUGUGUGUGUGUUUUAAAUAUGUUUUCAUUGAUUUUAGAGUGAGAGGAAGGGAGAGAGAGAGAUACAUCGAAGUGAGAGAGAAACAUCAAUCAUUUGCCUCCCAUAUGCACCCUGACCAGGGAUGGAUCUUGCAACCUGGGUAUGUGCCCUGACCAGGAAUUGAACCUUCGAUCUUUCUGAUGUAUGGGAUGACACUCCAACCAAGUCACACUGGCCAGGGCAAGUGGCUUGUGUUUUGAUGACUCAAUAUCAUGUAGUUUGGUAGAUGAUCCUUCUGCUUCUCAUAUUAAUAAACUAAGCACUUUUGUGCAACUAAUUACAUUUAUAUCGUGCCUCUUGUUUACAUCCAUACAAAAGCAUUUUUUUUAAUUAAAAGGAGGGACUCCUUUUCAAUAACUUUUUAAUUAAUUUGGACCUAUAACAUUUAUUUUAUUUGCACUUAGGUAAUUAAAUCAUCUUAAAAUAUGGCAAAGCCUCUUAAAAUUGUUCUCAUCACUUUGUUUACUAAAGGAGAAAAACUGUAUCUGCACUGGGCACUUGCAAAUCUUUAUUUGCAUAUAAACGCAUGUCUCCAAACUAAAAAAAAAAGUAUAUAUUAAAUAUGUCCAGAUUUCUUGUAUAUCAA